AUCAAGUAUGACGAAGCCCCAGUAGAUGAUUCCAUGCGCACGCACUUGACUCUCAUUCCCAAUCUGCCUCCAUAUGUAUAGAUAGAUCCAAAGCCAUUUUCGUACUUAAUGGCCCAUUGAGUCUUGCAUUCUUGACUUUCUCCAACAUCCCCAAAUAUGACGAUGGAACUACUCAAAGUGCUGCAUCACGAGGCGUCUCAGCUCUUCCCCAACUGUAUUCGAUCAUCGCCGGUGGCCUGUAUUGUCCUCUAUUCUUUUGGCGGCAUUGCGAUCCUCCUUUUCUCCGUUUAUCUGUGGCUGUGGCCUUUCCAAUAUGCCAAGUUGUAUUUCCGUAAUCUCCCUGGUCCACCUUCGGAUAGUUGGUUCUGGGGUGUCGUCCCCACUCUCAUCAAGUCUCCCCCUAGCGUUCCCCAUAGCAUGUGGACAGACGAAUACGGGCCCACCGUUCGAUAUCGUGUUGCCCUCGGUGCCCAACGUUUCCUCACCAUUGAUCCAACCGCUUUAAACUAUAUUCUCUCCCAUGCCGACCUCUUCCCGAAACCAUCUCGAGUUCGAAAAGCGCUUUCUGAUCUUCUUGGCAAUGGACUUCUUACCGCCGAAGGUCACACACACAAAAAACAACGCAAAGCACUCAACCCAUCCUUUAGUCCCGCUGCCGUCAGGGGUAUGAUUCCUGUCUUCUACGACAAGGCUUAUGAGCUCAAAGCAAAGUUACUUGGUAUCAUUGAGGGUGAUGAGACCGAGCAGGCCAGUCCUACUCCUUGUAAAGAGGAAGAUGAGGUCGAAGGAGGAAAGAAGAUUGACGUGAUGAAAUACCUCGGAAAGACCACUUUGGAUGUGAUCGGUAUCGUGGGGUUCAGCUACGACUUCAAGGCCCUGUCCGAACCCCGCAACGAGCUGUCAGAGGCAUACUCCAAGAUGUUUCAGGCCGGUAUGGAUGCCAACUUCUGGGACUUUCUGAGGGGAGCUAUUCCUCUUGUUAACAAGCUUCCCAACAAGCGAGCGACUGAGAUAGCUGCCAGGAAGGCGGUUACUCUUCGAAUCAGCAAAAAAAUCGUCGAGGACAAGAAGCGCGAGGUCAUGUCUGCCCAUUCCGAGGGUUUGGAAAAGCGAGAGGAUAUUGGCGAUGAUCUCCUUUCUAUCCUUAUCAAAGCAAACAUGGCCUCCGAUGUUAAGCCGGAGCAAAAGCUCUCUGACGAAGAAGUCUUAGAUCAAAUCACGACUUUUAUGCUUGCCGGUAACGAAACGUCUUCGACUGCUCUUACCUGGAUUCUGUACAGUCUCACUCAGCAUCCCGAGUGUCAGACGCGCCUUAGGGAAGAAGUCCUCGCUGUUCCAGACGAUCGUCCAUCUCUUGAAACUCUCAAUAAUCUGCCCUACAUGGACGCUGUCAUCCGAGAGGCCCUCCGCUUGCACGCCCCUGCCCCUGGUACCAUGAGAGAAGCCAAAGAAGACACGGUCAUUCCUCUAAGCAUGCCAGUAAUAGGUCGCGACGGAAAACAGAUCGACAGUGUAAAAAUCAACAAAGGCACUAUGGUAUUCAUUCCUAUUAUAACAGUGAACACUUCUCCUGCUAUCUGGGGUCCCGACGCCCGCGUCUUCAACCCAGAUCGCCAUCUUAAAACUUCAUCCGAUUCCUUUGGUGGGGCCAACAUGCAUGUGCCAGGUGUUUGGGGUAACAUGUUGAGUUUUCUGGGAGGCGCGAGGAAUUGUAUCGGGUACAAACUGGCCUUGGCAGAAAUCUCUACAAUUUUGUUCGUCUUGAUAAGAAGUUUUGAAUUUCAAGAGUUGAAAUCCAAGCCCGAAGUGGAGAAGAAGGCCUCGGUGGUCAUGAGACCGAGAAUCAAGGGUGAAGAGAGUGCAGGACUGCAAAUGCCUCUCAUGGUGAAGCCUCUAUUGAUGUAAUCACUGCUUACGGUAGCGAAGGAGCAUAAGGAGUUUGCGAGUUUUCCGGCAAUUAAAUGAUCCCCGGUGGCUUUUUAUAUCUAUACAAAAUACAAAACGUAAAAGCC